UAACAAAAUUUACAUCUAUUUUAUUAUUGUGCAUUUUUUGGUCUGAUAACGUUUUUGAAACAGCGAUGAUCGCUUUGUUUGUGUCCUUUUAUUUUUCUCUGGCAAAUUCGUUGACUUGUUGUUGACAUCACGUAGAGAAAGUGCCAUACGUAAACCUUGCGUCGACGGGCACGAGCGAAAGCGUGCCAAAAGUAGCGUGAGACGCGCGAUCGACAUGAUAAUUACCUUCGCGAGGCAAAUAUCGGAGGUGGGGGGAUCGAACCACGUGCGCAUGGGAAAGCGACGGGCGAUCGGAAGUCAAAUAAAUAAAGAUAAAGAAGAUAAUUAAGUCAUUGUGUUAAGGGAAGUCAAAAAAGUGAAAAGUGCAAUAACAAGUUUGCAGUUUAGUGAUUUUUUCAAGGAACACCUUGUUGUGGGGAAAUUAGUUCAUUGCAACUAUAACAAUUUCGCGUCAUAUUAUUACUCUGAGUUUGCGAAAAGAAUUACAUCCAAUCUAGUAAUUAUGCAAAGUUACCUUAAUAGUUUAAAACAUGAUUAUAAAUUGUGAUUUCAAAUAUAUGGACAAGUGUAAUGCGCGUGAGGCUGUUGAUCUAAGUAUUAUACAACUUUUAAACUUGUUAAGAUUUUCUGCAAUAUAAUAGGGUGAGAAAGAUGGGACACCCUUAUUUACCGCAUAAUAUCUAAUUAUUCUGAUCGUGUUUUAAACAAUUAACAUCGGUGUAUGGGAGUUGUGAGGAUACGGUUUAAUAAUUCUUUGAAUGUUUUUUGUUUACUAACAAAUGCAACGAGAAAAUAGAUUGCAAUGUUACCCUACCAUAUAUAUUUGUUUAUUUAUUUAUUUUAAAAAGAUUUCUUUAAAAUCAGUCAUGAUCGAAACAUUGAAAGACUUGACAGCUCUGUCUUCUACCUUAAUGACGUCACAGCCCGACUGAAUACGUCACUGGUUGGCCACGUGAGAAACUUGGAGUCCGUUGAACACAGAACCUCCUCAUACAGAACUGUUAUAUCAGAUUUAGUUGAACAGCAAACCACCCACGAGAAUGAAUUUGAUCGCUUCAAGCACACUAUCACCGGCACCGUCAAUCGAAUUCACGAUCAUCACCAACAAUAUUGGGACCAAAUAGAAAGAAACAACAACUCAAUUACCAGAUUUGAAACUUGGAUUAAAUCCGCAGAAGAAUGGCUGCAGCAACUGGAUGAAAAUGCUGACUUGGUGGACACAAGAUUUGAUCUUGUCAUCCGUUCAUUGGAAGUUUUACCCAUCCUCGAACACAAUGUGUCUGCACUUACUCUUUCUCUUGGUGAAACUAUUUACACUUGCGAUCGCAACUAUCAAAACCUGAUGGACUUUCAGAAUGAUCUUGAAAACAUUGAAACGUCCUUGUCCCAAUUGAAAUCCAAAAGCUAUUCUCAAAAGAUUCAAAACGACAACACACACAAUCGAAUUUUGGGUCGUAUUUCUACCCUCCAACAAACUUUUGAAGCAACGUCUACUGCUGUAACUGAGAGUAGUAACAGCAUAAGAGAACUUGGCAGCACUUUACAAACGUUUAAAUUGAAUACCCAAGAUCAAAUAAAGAGUUUCGAACACAGACUCGACACUCAAUCUUUAAUAGUCGAAUCAUCAAUUGCUCAACUGCAAGAAGAAAAAAGGAAAAACGAUGCGAUUCUUGUCAAGCUUGAAACACAUGGUGACGCCUUCACAUUAUUCAACCUCACCUUGGAUAAAUGGAAGACAACCUUGGAUAGUUUGACGUCAUCCUCAUCUCAGCAUUCCCAAACUAUAAGAAGAAUUUUGCGCAACAAUGCCGAAAAUACGGAAUUAUUACAACUGUUUCAAACGAACUCGUGGAACGCAGCGUCCAGGCUGAACGAAUUGUCAACGAGAACAGAUAGCGUUGAAGAUCAGGUAAGUUAUUUGGAAGGAAAAGUUCGUGGUAGUCGUGUGUUGAGUGGACAGAAUCAGGAGGAAAUUGAUGAUUUACAACGAUAUGUUCAAAUAUUAGUCGCAAAUGUAAGUGAAACGUUGGUGGAAACACAGAAGUUAUCCACGUUGCAGCAUGCCCUACAAAACACCACCGACCGCCUGUCAAGCAACCUGGAACGACAAACUUAUACACUUCAAACUCUCAAUCAAUCAGUCUCGUUUUCAAUGAAUAGCCAGUUACUAGCAAGCAUCAUAUCCAGUGUAUCUGCAUUGGAAGAUACAGUACGUGAUGUCAACGACACGUUAUCGGAAGAAAUUAUGACGAUGGAUGAUUUGUUAACUGACUUCCAGCUGGCAUUUGACACCUCUGGUCGUCGCUUGGAGAAACAUGGCCACGAACUUCGUAUAUUGACUGCAAAUACGAGUAACUAUUUCAGUUUUGUUUCUUCUACCAUCGAUGUUCUAAGAAUGAUUGUGAGCGAAACGAAUGAAGCUGUUGUUGAAAAUAAUGAAAGAAUCCGUUUGAUCAAUGAAUCUCUUCUUCAACUUGCAUUCUCACAAUACGUGGUUACCGUUCCUCCUCCACGGGACAAUAUCACCAUGUUACCGCCCAGGGACCUGAACCUAGCCCCUGAUGAAGUAGAGGCGAACGGAGAUGGGAGUCAAUCUGUCGAUGCCUUUUAUCCGGACUCUGUCCUGGCUAGGAUGAGCAUACCUGCAGGAAUUCAGUUGAAACCGGCACAAGAAGACUCGCCGCAUUAUGAAGAUUAUGAAAGAUCUUUUUUUAAAGACAUAUUAAGCGAAAUGAACACCUACGAGAAUGUACCAAGUCAUUACAAUGAGUACGAAACCGAUGGCGAAUAUGAUUUAUCGUCUAUAUUGAACGGUGAGGCCGAUGCUGACAGAAUAGAGCGACGACGGGCGGCGUUAAGAGACCCAAGCUACGUACAGAUUGAAGAAAUGUACGAUGACUUGGACUAUUAAACAUAACACGUUGAACGAGAGCUUUCUGUGUUUUUUCGUAAUCGCACAUUUUUGUACCAUUGCAUCAUCGUGUGCCGUUAUCCUCGUCUUCGAUCAUGCUGAAGUUUUAAAGGAAUACACAGAGUAGGAUAAAGUG